AAUUUAAAAAGAGUGCUUACCUGUUGCUUGGUCAUUUAUUUCGUUUCCUCGACUCGUCUCCAGUUUGUCAAACGAAGGAGGACAGAGCGAUUUGUGGGGAUCCCUAAAUCUUGUCGGCCUCUUUAUUUACUACAAAUCUCGCAGUGAUCAUAUUUUGAAAACUUCAACUUCUUCGUCUUCGUCUGCGUCUGAUACGCUUUAACAAUUUUUUUCUCCUCAUUUUAUUCUCGAUCUGAUCGAUGAUCUUGCUCAAUCCCUUGCUUACCUGAUCACUGUUGUUGAUAUACAUUUAGUUUAGUUAUUUAUUUUAUUUAUAUCGGGAGAGCAUUUGGUGAUGAUUCUGUGUAUUGACAUGUUUUCUUUCCGACGUCGUUUUAGGUGUGUUUGAUCAGCUUUGACCGUUGAAUUUUGGAUCUUUGGUUUCAAGAAAGAGGGCUAUUUGGUGGUGUUUGGGAGGUGGUACUAUGGGAUAUCUGAAUUCUGUGUUGUCGUCUUCCAGCCAGGUUCACGCCGACGAUGGACCUGUUAGCGGCGGCGGUCUCAGUCAGAACGGGAAGUUCAGCUAUGGAUACGCAAGUUCUCCUGGUAAAAGAUCUUCCAUGGAGGAUUUUUAUGAGACUAGGAUCGAUGGUGUUCAUGGCCAAAUCGUUGGUCUUUUUGGUGUCUUUGAUGGACAUGGAGGUGCACGUGCAGCUGAAUAUGUGAAGCAAAAUUUAUUCAGUAACCUCAUCAGGCAUCCUAAGUUCAUCUCUGAUACUCCUGCAGCAAUAGCUGAUGCAUACAACCAAACAGACUCGGAGUUUCUUAAAUCAGAAAAUGGUCAGAACAGAGAUGCUGGUUCUACGGCCUCAACAGCCAUCUUAGUUGGUGACCGUUUACUUGUUGCAAAUGUAGGAGACUCUAGAGCCGUCAUAUGCAGAGGUGGCAAUGCUAUUGCUGUAUCCCGAGAUCACAAGCCUGAUCAAAGUGAUGAGCGCCAACGAAUUGAAGAUGCGGGAGGAUUUGUUAUGUGGGCUGGAACAUGGAGAGUUGGAGGAGUUCUCGCUGUUUCUCGUGCAUUUGGCGACAGGUUAUUGAAGCAGUAUGUUGUUGCUGAUCCGGAGAUACAGGAGGAAAAAGUUGAUAGCUCUCUCGAGUUUCUCAUUCUUGCAAGUGAUGGUCUCUGGGAUGUUGUCUCUAACGAGGAAGCCGUAGGCAUGGUCAAGGCGAUAGAAGAUCCUGAGGAAGGUGCAAAGAGACUGAUGACGGAAGCUUACCAAAGAGGAAGUGCAGACAACAUAACUUGUGUCGUUGUACGUUUCUUUUCAGACCAGACAGGAGCAGUAGGUUCCAGCAGCAACAUCAUCCCAAUGGAUCACGGUAUUAUGCCAGACAGAGUCUCCAGUGACCCAUCAACCUAGUUCUAACGUUGGUAACGUACCUUUGGUUUCUCAAUUUCAAAAUUUACCCAAAGAAACAACUGAAUCUGGAAGGUUAUAUAUUGUUUUAAAGAGAUCGAGAAUAUAUUAGACAAAACUCUUUUGCACGAACGUGUUUUUUCAUUGUCUCGUGUCACUUUUGUUGUUGUUAUACAUUGGUUGGUUACUUGGCCAUGUAAAGGAACAUAGAACAUAUCUGUGGAUUUGAGUUUCAUCUUACACAUGGUUUUGCAACA